CGUAGCCAACCCUCCUCAAUAAAGACCGCCCUGAUCGAGAAUACCCAAUUGCGGUCCGACUCAUCCGGAACGACAAGCAACGCCAGUUCCCUUUCUGCAUGGUGCACGGCAGCCGGCCUGCACUCCAGCACUCCACAGCUCUCUACGGCAUCAAUUGGCGACAGCGAUAGCGGCCAAGGCCCGUAGCCACCAGCCAACAUGUCGUGGAAAAUGAGCGAGAAGCUCAUGGACACCAUCCGGCACUAUGCGAGCUUUCCUGCCACCGGCGUCAGCUUGCGCCAGAUGGUCCAGUUUGGCGAGAAGCCUUCUACUGGAACCCUCUUCCGCGCCUCCCAAUUCCUUGCUGAAGAGCUCCCCAUCCGUCUCGCCCACAGAGUCCAGGAGCUUGAUAACCUUCCAGAUGGCCUUAACGAGAUGCCUUCGGUCAAGAAGGUCCAGGCCUGGUAUGCCCAAUCGUUCGAGGAAAUCACACAACUGCCACGGCCACACCUACCAAAAGAUGUCAGGGAGCGCUUGAUGAGGCCGUCGAGAAGCGGAAAACACGCCUAUCUACCAGAGGCGACACCAAACCCCAGCAUAGAGGAAGGCCAGUACGCCUCACACAAUGGAGCAAGCUACGCAAGCGGACUCAACCACAAAAAGUUCUCGGCCUCAAGGAGAUACUUCGCUAUGGUCGAUGACACAGGGGAUUGGCCUCCCGACCUACACCUUUACAACCAGAAAUUUGCACAGACUCUGCACAAGAUCAAGAGGCGGCACGACAGUGUCGUCACCACCAUGGCCCAGGGCAUCCUUGAAUACAAGCGCAAAAGGCAACGCAUGCAGAUCGACCACAACAUCCAGUCUUUCCUCGACCGCUUCUACAUGUCGCGCAUAGGCAUAAGAAUGCUGAUUGGGCAGCACAUCGCCUUGACGGACCAGAACCACUAUCGCGAUCCCUCAUAUGUCGGUAUUAUCUGCACCAAGACGUAUGUCAAGGACCUCGCCCAGGAGGCCAUUGAGAACGCCCGGUUUGUUUGCGAGGAUCACUACGGUCUCUUUGAGGCUCCCAAGAUCCAGCUAGUCUGCAACCCUAACCUCAACUUCAUGUAUGUGCCAGGGCAUCUGUCGCACAUGCUCUUUGAGACCCUCAAGAACUCGCUGCGCGCCGUCGUCGAGACCCACGGCCAGGACAAGCAGGAAUUCCCCGUCACCAAGGUCAUUGUUGCUGAGGGCAAGGAAGACAUCACCAUCAAGAUCUCGGAUGAAGGAGGCGGUAUUCCCCGUAGCGCUAUCCCGCUUGUUUGGACCUACAUGUACACCACCGUCGAUCGCACACCCAACCUGGAUCCCGACUUCGACAAGAGCGACUUUAAGGCCCCCAUGGCCGGUUUCGGCUACGGACUUCCUAUCUCGCGCUUGUAUGCGAGAUACUUUGGUGGCGACCUUAAGUUGAUCAGCAUGGAAGGAUACGGAACCGAUGUCUACCUGCACCUCAACAGGUUGUCAAGUUCGUCAGAACCUCUGCAAUAGCAACCAGCAGUCAUGAGGGGUAGCGGAAGAACAGGAACCGCAUCCCAAGGAUUGACGCUGCCAUCGUCACUGAGAUACAUGAAAAAACGGCUUAAGGACCUCGAGGUCUCGGAACGCAAGCAGGUUGGCGACACCGAAGCCACAGUUCAUCCUCUUCCACCUCAGCCCGUGCCUUCGUCGGCGGUCGCCUCGGGAACCGGAGUAAGAACCAAAGACAGCGCUCUUUAGAGGAAAACAAAAAAAAAAUAGUGUUAAUGCCUUGUCUUUUGCUGCAGGUGGGAAGGACGGCGGGGCUCGGAUCUGGAUUUGGUCGGCUUUUCCUCGUUUUGUCAACUCUGUCGUUCGGCUGGUUCGGCUUUUCGGUUACU